AUGGUGCUGCCGACGCUACGAGAGAGCCUGCUGGAUGCCAGCGACGAUCUUGAUGUCAUCACGAAACAGAUGCUCGAAUAUCUCCAUCUCGCCCAACUCUUUGAAACGAAACAGGCUGAGAUCAAGAAAUUGCUGGACAAAGUGAGUGCCUAUCAGAAACGAGCCGCCUUGAUUGAAGAACUCGAGAAAAUGCGUGGAGAACAGGGACAUGAUCAUUCAAAAGUCGAGGCCGAUCUGAAGUGCGCGGAUUCGUUAUUGAUGCACAUGAUAUUCCAAGCAAAUGAGCGGUUGAAGACGAUGAAAGCUGCAGAGGAACAACCAGUGAACACCGAACAAGUCAUUCAAAUGGCCCAUCAGAUUUCGAAGGGUUUCUCGGUGGCUUCUCCAUUGAAUUGGCAGCAGGGCGACGCAUCGAGGCCAUUCCCUACAGAAGUCGAGUUGAAGAUUGGACACUUAUCAGCGCCGAGAACUACCGGAUUGCCUCCAGUUGGACCAACUCUUGGGAAUGAGGCCACAAACGACACCAACUGGCAGAGGAGCAGGACAAAGAACGGUGCCCGUUUCUCCGUUAGCUUCGGGAUAUACAACACAGCGAAGUUGGAGUCCACGAACGGCUGGGUUUGGAGAAUCACCAAGAACAAUACGAAAUGGAAUGGGGUCGCCAUGCCAACACCGAGACCUGUUGGCACUUCACCAUUCGAUAGUCGACGAACGAGCACAACCUACGAGAAAUAUGCUGGCACCCGUCAGCAACAUUGGGCAAAUCAGCAG